GUGUUAAGAACUCGCCCAGGCUAGUUUUUACGCGUCUUAAAGCCUGAAACUACGAUUAGGAUUGUUUACUAAUAUUUUAAUUCAUAAUAGUGUAUGAUAGAUGGCUUUUGAUACAAUAAUUCACAUUUAUUUAUAAUCUGUCGAUGUGUGCGUGUUAAAAUCCACAGUUCCCUCAUGAAAACAGAGAUUAGCUUUCAUUUUCGCUUCAGUGUCAGUUUCUCAGGUAAAACACUGACAGCUCGCAUUUAUCGCUCCAACACUGUUUAAAAAGGGCUUCACUUGAACGUCGACAGACAUUGACGCCUGCAGCCAAAGUUUUCUCUCAGUUGUGUUUGUUGGUCAGUCUCAGACAUGGCAGAGGGAUUCAGGUCAAUGGAGAUGGGCGAAUAUAUUUGUGUCCUGAUGUCACAAAACAGACCCUUGAAUCAUGAUUCUUCCGAUGUCAUGUAAAUCAAAAAUGUAUUUGUCAAUUGGUUUAUUGUAUUAUUUCAUCAGAAAAAUAAGAUAAAAAAGUUUCCAAUUGAUUGCAUAAUGUAGUUUUUACCCACACAGAGAAUAGUAGUAUAGUAUUGGCUAUAGUGUUUUUGAAAUAUUAUGUAUAUUCACAACACACACUGUUAGUGAAUGAUUAAGCAUACUGUGGUAAACUUUAGUUUUUACAAUAGUAAACUGGUGUAUUGUUGUAUACUUACAGAAAUCUACUAAUUAGUUUAUCUUACUAUAUAUAUAUAUAUAUAUAUAUCAUCGUAAUUGCAUCACAUGACUUAAGCAAUCCAUCUGAAAACACUUUGUAGCUUCACAUGUACAGUAUAUGCUACAUUCAAAUGUAUAUUAUGAUUAAAACUACAUUUUUUUAGAAUAUAAUUGAAAUUGUUUAUAAAUCUGUUUAUUUUAUUAUUGUUUUCCUAAAUUGCAGGACUUAUAUACAGCAGGUGAUGAAGACUCGAGGUCCAGUUUGUCAGACUGGAAGCAUCUAAACCUUAUUAUGGAUCGGCCAAGCUUACUGCUAGAGGAGGAUCUUUAUACUGCUGGUAAUGAAAGACCCAAACCUUCAGCACCACUGGAUAUCGGUAAAUUAAGGAUUAAAGUGGACUGGACUGAAGCAUUUCCAGACAGAUGGAGAGCAAGAUUACAGAUCGCCCUUCAGACGUGGUUGUCAAAACUAGAAGAAAAUGCUACGGUCCACAGUAUUAAGCUCAUGGAUGAUCCGUCAUUUGCAGAAGUGCAGAUAACUCCAUCAACAGCUCUAGAAGCUUUGGAGAAGCUGAAGUUUAUACCUUUGAGGUUUAAAAAUGAAAACAGGGAAGUGACUGCGUGGAUCUGUCCGGAUGGAGCAACUUAUGUGAAUGUACCACACAAGUCCUUGCUGGAGGGGAACAGAGCUACUUUACUAGAGGUGAACAAGGCCACGUCUGGGACAUCUGAGGAAGCAAAUAAAGCAAAUAAUGUUGAGAAUAUCACUGCAUGUAUUAAAUCUCAAAGUGAAACUGAGACUAAUAAAACUACUAAGGUGGCCCCUGAGACAUCAGUUCCAUUGAUUCUCCCACUCCAUCUGUCCUGGUACAUGCAUAAUGCUUAUAGAAAGGACUUGGAAACAAUUGGGAAACGGCAUGGAGUCUUUAUUUGUCCAGAAGUAUCGAUCGCAAUCAAACCUACAGAGAACUCAAGGCUUGAUUCUGUGUCUAAAGCCACUGAGGACUAUCAGAAACUUCUUCAGAGAUGUGCGGAUGGUUUUAGUGAUGCUACAGUUCAUCAUAAUGACAUGGAUUCAGAUAUAGUGAAAAAUGCCAUUGAUUCCAUCAAGUCACAGAAGACAAAGCUGAUGUUCACUCUGACUGACAGUGAUGGCCUGUUUUUAGGACCAAAGAAAUUCACAGACAUGAUUAAAGAAGAAACAAGAAGAAGAGAAAGACAGUCCAAUAGUAGAUCAAUCCCAAUGGACGUAGAUGCUUACCCAAUGGAUGUAGACAGCAGUUUUCCCCCUCAAAGCAGACCUUCACUGCUCAUGAGCACACGAGACCUUCCAACUCAACUUGAGAUGGACGAGGUUCACUGGGAUCUGAUGAAGCUUUCCUAUAAGGAACAUUUAUCAGAUCUUGAAGCCAAAUAUGGGGUGUCAUUUACUGCAGAUCUUCAUCAGGGGAAUUUAGUUAAGGUUCAGGCUCGAUCUAAAGGUGAUCAGCAUGUGAAUCUCGAAGGUCACGCGGUCAGAGCUUUAACACACCUCUACCAGAAACUGGCGUCAGCAGCAGUGAGCUGUGAACUCAGAAAGCCUGCAGAUCAAACUGAUGUGAGAUCAGUGAUGGAGAAGCUUCAGCAGCGCUGUUGUGUUGUAGCAGCAGAGAGAUUGAGCCGCUGGAGACUCACUGGACUGCCAGAACACCUCGGUCCUGCUAUUGCUGAAACUGAGAAGAUCCUUCAGAGGAAAGUGUUUGAUGACAAGAUGAAGACAUCGAUUGGUUACUCAGAGGAUAUUCCUUAUGCUAGAGGAAUCAAGAUCGAUUGAUGCAUGAUCAGAGCAGGCAACGUUUCUCCAAUCUUCUAUUGUCCAGUUUUGGUGAGUCUGUGUGAAUUGUAGCCUCAGUU